UCCAUUUGCCGCGAACAGUAAAAAAGUUGAAACGAAAACGAAGAAGGCCAAUUUUUUGCCUCAAAAAUAUUAUAUUUUCUCUUUAUCUAAACAGGUCACCAUGAGUGGGAACGGGGCUAACGUUAGCAAAAGUGAACUGCCUAAAACUAGUUCUCCAAGCUUCGUUCCAGGGGCAAAUUUGUACACGGAUUUCGCUUCCGACUCCAUUCCUACUCCUGUCCAACCUGUACAAACUGCCAUGUUUGAGGCUAAUCAAACGACGAAGGAAACACAAGGAAAAGGUGAUAAAACUAGCGAAGAACAACAUAAGAGGCCGAACAGAAAAGACUGGAUUGAUACUGAAAAUCCUCUUCGUUGUAAACCAUGUAAUUUUGUUGCCCAAAACAUUGAGGAAUUCCAGGACCAUUCUUUAAGCUAUAGACAUAUCAAGAAAACCGCAGAAGUUCUGGAGAUGAAGGUCAACUCAAAGAAACCCGAGGAGAAAAAGAAACAAACUGCUUUUACUUGUGAGAUUUGUGUGUGUUCGUGUAAUAGUGAGUCUGCAUGGAACUCCCAUCUUGUUGGACAGAAGCACAGGAAGAAUCUUGAGAAACAAGGUGCAGCGAAAAUGUUUCAAAAGCAGAAGAUGAAGUAUGGAGGUGGUAUGGAGGUAGGUGGUGGCCCAGUGUACCACAGGACUCUGCCAUCCCAUGGAUAUAAGCCCUACCAAAAACCAACAUAUACUCCACAAUCUUCCUACAGUCUACCAAAACCUGGGUUACAGUGUGCAAAUGACUUUGCUCAAUACAAGGAACCACUCAUAGGGUUGGAAUAUGUCACUGAAAUCCAGGUGACUGGGCAGAAUCCCAGGUACCACUGUAAACUCUGUGAUGCAAAGUUUGAUCACAACGUCAAGUUUCCUCACUUGGUUGGCGCCAAACAUCGCUUUAAUGUAUUGAAAGAGAAAAAUCCUGCAAUUGCUCAAGAAAUCAGACUUGGGGUAAAAAAGAGGUCAGAACUUACAGGCAAGCUGCUGGACGAAGCAAUGAAGAUAGAGCAACAAGAAGGCCGCCAGCAGGUUAAGACAUGUGUAGAAGCCAGCCCUUUUGAUGGUGGUACAAAUAACAUUACGCAAGGGAGUCUUCUCUUCCAGGGAUCAUCACCAUAUUCAGCAAACACAGGUGGUUUGGGUAGGGGAUUUACAACUCCAUCCAGACCCUACCAGAAAUCCCCAAGAGGUCACCCACUCAAAGGACCAGCAACACAUCAAAACAGAGCAGGUCAAAAAAGACCCCCAGGUUUAAUGAACUUCCAAAACCAAUAUGAGUCUACUACACCUGUGUAUGGAAACAAUAACCAACAGUAUAACAGCAAUAUUGCCAGUUUUGGAACUGGACCACCUUUAUACCAAGAAACCCCAGUGAGAGGGCGUGGUGGUAGAGGCCAUGGGUUUAGGGGCACUAAUCAAAACUAUGGUAGAGGUUACAAUAACAAGCAGAAUAGACAAACUCCWGGUUUCACACCUACAAGUACAAAUACAUACCAACCAAAUCACCCUGGAUUUACCGCCAGCACUCCAUAUAACUACAGUACCUCAGCACCACUGCUUCCCAGGGAAGCAUUUGCUCCAAGUACAACACCAAGGUUACCACCAAAGUACAAUAACACACAAAACUCAAACUCUGGUCAAACUGGAACAACUCAAGCUAAAAGGAAUGAUUCUCCAGCUACAACAACCCAGGCUUCAUUCCAGCCAGAUUCUCCAUCUACAGAAUCUUCACAAGAUCUACUACAAGGCCUAGCAGACUUGGGAAAACUUGUGAGUUCUGAGGAAGAUGCUUCCAUUGCUUUACAAGUAUCAAAUGCUUUAACUCAAGCAUUGUUGAAAUAUAGAAUGCAGAGCAUCAAAGAGGAACAAUAUUGAGAUAACCUGGAAUUCUACGUGGAAGAGUAUUUUCAUACGUUCUAUUAAUAACUUUGUACAUACAAAAAUACCCUGAGGAGAACCCUGUUUGAUUAUGGCAUUAGUUUCUUGUUCCUGUUUGCCAGCCAUAAUCAGGUUCCUUCCUUUCUCAUUUGUUUAAUAAAUAUUCCAUUUGGGCAAAACAUCUUUUGUUAAAAGAAAUAUGAUAACGAUAUGUCUACAAAGAGUAGUCAUGUGGGCAAUUGAAUUCUGAAUAUGAAUACGAUUUGAAGUGAAAGACGAAUGGUGGAACAGCACGUGUAUGAUAUCUACUAUAGAAUAGUGUAAGGGUACUCUAGUCCUUGCCAAUAUUAUGUACAAAGAGAUUUACCAAUGAAAAUGAAUGUAAACAUAGUUGUUGUAAAAAUGAAUAAAAGGCAAUCAUAGCAGACAA